AUGACACCCCACACACCCUACUACCUUUAUUCUGCACCCCACCCCACCCCCAGCCUCCGCCAGUCCCGGAGCUGUGGAAUUCACUCCUGGUUGGAGGAACGGGGCAGCCGAGGCCUGAACACGAAAAAUUGCUCUAAUUCUGACCUCUUUGGCAUUCCAGUCCUUCAUUUCCAACUGCCUGCUGACUUUCUACCUAGAUGUCCUGAUAGCACUUCAGUGUCACAAACAGAAAAGCACUUGGUCCUGCUUCGAGAUGGAAGGACACUUAUAGGCUUUUUAAGAAGCAUUGAUCAAUUUGCUAACUUAGUGCUACAUCAGACUGUGGAGCGUAUUCAUGUGGGCAAAAAAUACGGUGAUAUUCCUCGAGGGAUUUUUGUGGUCAGAGGAGAAAAUGUGGUCCUGCUAGGAGAAAUAGACUUGGAAAAGGAGAGUGACACACCCCUCCAGCAAGUGUCUAUUGAAGAAAUCCUAGAAGAACAAAGGGUGGAACAGCAGACCAAGCUGGAAGCAGAGAAGCUGAAAGUUCAGGCUCUGAAGGAUCGAGGUCUCUCCAUUCCUCGAGCAGAUACUCUGGAUGAGUAUUAAGUCUUUCCUCAAGGGCAGUUGCUCUGGGGGAUAGGAGCUGUCACUGAAAUGAAAGUGACGUCCUGGUCACCUUUGACCAGAGACUGUAGAAUUUUGAAAAGUCAUUUUUAUUUUGAAUUCCUUCACUUAUGCAACAUGAAGAAAUCAUGUGGCUUUUUGUUUUUUGUUUUUUUUUUUUUUAAAUAACAAAAUCAUUGUUUAAAGAAACAGUGGCAUGGACUCCUUUCCCACAUCACUGUGGAACCAGCAGUUACUUUUUUAUAUUGCUUUCCUUACCCCAAAUUAGACUUUACAAGAAAUGUUCUUCACUUACUUGUAAGUAAAAUAUGAAUCUCAAAA